AUGAUAGGUCUUACCUUGAACGUUGAAGGAUCUUCAGAGGCAGGCCUACUGUCAGAGAUCAACUUAAGAGUGAGAAGAUACAAUCAAGCCGUCAAAAUUAUGGAUCUGUCCGCUGUCGAAGGGCUAGAGAUUAUUGACUUCACAAAAAAAGAAAAGGUCGGUUCGCAUCCGUAUGAAAUUCGGCUCACAAAUGGGAAGAAAGUCCUUGUUCACGAAGAAAAUGCGUACGGCAAUUUCUAUGAAGGUGGUCGUUCUUUUGAGGACUUUGAAGGAAACAAGGAGACGACGCUAUUUGAAUUCCAAUUUGACUUUCAAGUUCAUCGAGAUGGCCUAAAGGAAAUGAAGGUUGUGGGAGACACAAUCCAUUCAAAUCCUAUGGCGGUAUAUCACGUUAACGUCCUGUGGUGUUACUCAUACGGCCUCUCGGUUGUCCAAGAAGAUGACAGCGAUCUGCUGUGUCAGUUCGAAAUGAUAUCAAUUGGUCCUUCAUUUUCGAAGAAGCCAAAAACCAUACGAGGAGGCGCUGGAAACAACUGUCCUCCUAAUCAGCGCGCACCACACAUCAAGUAUAUUACAUUAACCAUAAAGGGAAAAGAUGAAACACAAGUUCCUUUGGUACAAAUCGGUGACCGCUAUGUUGCUGACUCUCUUCUGUCUCUAAGUCUUUUAAAUGCAGUAAUGAAAGAAAUGUCAACACUCACCAUGAGAGUUCGACUCACUAUUCCACGUUCAUACUUUACCCUGGACACGCUGGUGAACCUAAACUUGAAGCAGCCUAAUGCUUCACCAGCUGCCGAAAAAGUACUAGCAACAAUUUUGGCCGGAGAAAAGCCACCUGCAUUUGAUUGGGUAAUCACUGUUGGCGAAGGAUCACCACGAGAAUAUUUCGUACAUAGAAAAGUCCUCGCUGAUGCAAGCCCCACCCUUGAAGUGAUUUUCAACACCCAUACUUCACUUCCCACUGAGCAGCUUUUGAUGGUCUCUCAUGAGGAUCGCUUCAUUCUAACCUCCACCCAUGCAAGUGAUAUGAAGACGAUCCUCACAUACUUCUACCUUCGUCAGUUCUUACUUCCUUCGUUCGAUACCUUCGCUCGCGUGGGCCGUACACUUUGCUGCCUCUUUUCGUCGGACACUGUAUCAAAGUUCUUCGAACACUGGCAGGUUGCCAUUGUAAACGAUCUGCUGAAGCUGAAUAAGAAAGAAUUCGAGACUACACUUCUGUCGAGUGCACGCCACUUGAUUUCGAUAUUUUCUGCUCCAUACGGUGCGCUUCCAGUGGCAAAGAGAGUAGCUGUUGCAACAAUGGCCGACACGUGGCAAAUGGCUGAAGCAGCUGGAAUCAAUGUUGAAGAGGUCUUCAGCAACGCAGAUAAUCUUCCAGCGGGCAUGAUGGAGAAGCGUCGGGAAAUUCCGAACCGUUGUCAGUGGCGUCAGAAAAACGGGGCUCUGAACUACGAACAACUUUUGAUAGCUUGGAACAUGUCAUCCAUUACUUUCGUUAUGAUAAAAUAUUCGAGAUUUGAAGUUUAUUGA